AUGGAGCCUCGUGGAACCAAGAGAGCAGGCAACUCGACAUCCGCCGGCUCAAACAAACGACGAGGCCCAUACGCUAUUCGUGCAUGCUUGACUUGUCGACACCGAAAGGGGAAGUGUGACGGCCGGCUAUCUUGCGGCUACUGCGACAACCGUGGACAAGCGUGUAUCUACGAUGGUGAGCAUGGCAUCACGACGAACCACGGACAACGCGCAACAUCAGUAUCAGGCAUGAGGAAUCCCGACCCAGUUUUUCAGCCACAAAUCGGGUCUAGUCUUCCGGGUGCUGCCAUUCCCAAAGUCUUAAACUCGUCAGGUCAUGUUAUAGUCUCUAACCCGUCCUCUCUUGUGUAUUUAGUUGCAGAUCUACGCGCCCAGUUAAACAAUGUCGAAUCUAUCGUCCAGGCAUAUGCCAAAGACGUAAAUGACACUGGAAAGGAUCCGACUCAUUCUGAGCCAUUGCAUCAAGCUGAUCAGGCGAUGGAAGGGCCCAAUGCCCACUCCAGCCAGCGCCAAGCGAGCCUUGACAGGUCUGACUCGAGCUCCGUAAGUCGUGUUUUCUGCGGACCCACGAGCCCCGACUACAGUAUGAAUGUGGUGCAAAUGACGCUGCAGAAGCGUGGUUACCUCGAACCAUCACUUCAUCGACCAGCGCUUCCGAGUUUCGAUUGGGACCACGUUUCCCCAUCAACAACUAGCCAGUGGCAACCUUCCUGCCAGGUUGAUGACCGACGUCAACUGUUACUAUUCCGAUCCUACCUCACAUUGCAGGAUGCGAAAGAAGUCGUUUCUGUGUACAGUGAAGUUGUAGGAGAAUUGCAUUCAUUUGUUGAUAUCAAGAACAUUCAAGGUCAGUUGGACUUUUGGUUCUCUCGUGCUCCUAGCUCUUCUCUAGACAGUACGAAGCAACAGUCUGACUACCAUGAUCUGGUCAUCUUCAACCUCAUGCUAUUAAUAGCCGUAAAUGCCGGAAUGGAGUCGUUACGCGCAAGACUGGCAGGUGCUGUGCACUCCGUCUUCCAGCGUGCCGUUAAUACUUCCAUCACAGCUUGUACGUCGAGUAUCAAGCAAGUAACCAUCGUCUUGUUACUAGGUUAUUAUUACAUCUUCCAAGAUCAACCACGGCUUGCACUUAGAAUGUGCGGCAAUGCUGGACGCAUAUUGAUGGAGUUGGGCAUUCACAACAGCGAUGUAAUCAAGCACGACUUGGCAUCAGAAGCCCAACGCAAAGAAGCUUCCAUCCUCAUGUGCUGUGUCAUUGUGUUUGAUCGUCAGUGGAGUGCAAUGACCGGCUUGCUGCCGAAUUUCGCCCAUAAUACUUUCAGCCUCAAGUCUACGCAUCUAUCCGACUCGCCUUAUACCAUGGCCACGUAUAGGCUUGUUCUCAUUAGUGACAAGUUCAACGAACCUAUAGCCCUUGCAGCCAUGGGAAGCAGCCACCAGGACGAUGAUGCCGUUGAGCUUAUGGUGUUCCAGAUUCAGCAGUGGCAGAAAAAGUUUGUCGGCGAUCGAGAGCUCUCUGACAUGAAAACUUGGCUUGCCCAACCGUCGUCUAUGCCUCCCCCAUGGGUGUUGCUCCUAAUCUUCCGAGCUGUGUCCAUACGGAGUCUCCUGUUUCGCCCUUAUUUCUUCCCCGGGUCCCGUGUCGAGAGAAGCAAGCAACACAUUUCGCCGGCCACAGAGCUAUUGUCGCAUUCUAUCGAGGCCUUGUCUAAACUGGACAGCACCACAGGCAUUUAUCGCAAACAGCGCCCGUAUUAUCAACACAUCUUAGCCUCUAUUUGCUCACUUGUGUUUCUGCUAACGGGCUACGUUGAAGACCAUCGCCCGGCCCUAUGCUCACAUUUGCCGCCAGACUUUGACUACAAGAUCCGCCGCUGCCUUCAAACGGCCUCCAACUUAACGGGAAAAUAUGCCAGCAUUUCUGCAGCAGCUCACAGGCUAUGGAAGAGAACCCUGGAAGUUCACCAUUUCCUCGAAACGUAUUGUACAAAACCUAUGGGUGUCUCCCUAGAGUGGAACUCAACCUCAACCAUCGAAAACGAUUCUAGAUCGACGAAUACUGUCGCAACACCUAAGCAGGCCCCUAUGCCGUUGCCAGUGGUUCAAGAUGAGGUCGCCAUCACCCCAGGAAAUACUUGCGAGGCCGAUACAUACCUAAUUGGCGCCAACCUAGGUCUCGAGCCUCCGAUAGAAAUCGGCAAUUGUCUCUCACAAGACUUCCAGGCUUUGUUAUUGCCUGCCUGGCCAUCAACGGAUAGCUAUCUCUUCCACUGAACAGCCUGUAUUCUAGACCAUAGUAUGGGGAGUCAACCUUAGUAUAACAAUUAUUCCAGCAGCCGUUCUCUACUGUAUGGAACCGGCCCAGUUCCUCGAGGUUCUGUGUCUAGCCUUGGUUCAAGUUCUCCGGAAACCCUCCCAUCACUCAAAGCCAUCUGUAAAUAUUCCCAUCAAGUCUAACAUCCUUCCGGCGCUCUGAUGUACCAUGUCUUCGAUACUUUUAGGUCGAUUAUAGAAAGCUGGAACAGGAAGGAAGAUGGUGGCAUUGGCUUGGCGCAGAAA